AUGUCCGAAGAAGACGUGAAAUUGCUUGUGCAUAAACGCGGGCAAGUGAAAGCGAAAGUGACCCGUAUCAGAAACACAUUAAGAGCUUCCGAAGAAAACCCCACAACGAUAACUUUGCCUCAACUCCGAGUAUUUGCGAAGAAUCUUGACAACCACUAUCGGGAGUUCAAUGACGUCCACGAUGCCAUCAUUGGUGCCUGUGCUGCCAACCAGAGGGAUUCUCAGGAGAAGAGGUACGAAGAGUUCGAAGCGUUAUACAACGAGACAAGUCUGGUGAUUGAAUCUCUAAAAGAUGUCAAAGCACCCGAAGCAGUCGCCCUUGUUCCCCAGGUGGCGGCAAUGCAACCACAAGUCAUCCAACAACAAGCUAUCCGAGCCCCUCUACCUACUUUCGAUGGAAAGUAUGAGCAUUGGCCUAAAGCGAUUAAGGCAAUGUUCCAGGAUAUCAUGGGUCGAUCACCUGACUGCGACGCAAUCAAGCUUUACCAUCUGGAAAAGUCCUUAAUCGGAGCUGCUGCUGGAGUAAUUGAUUCCCAAACAAUACAAGAUAACAAUUAUGCCCAGGCGUGGGCGAUCCUGGAAGAGAGGUACGAAAACAAGCGCCUCAUAGUCGACCUACACAUCCGCGGUCUUCUCAAUCUCAAACGCAUGAACAGAAAAUCAUCAAAGGAACUUCGUCAACUACUGGAUGAAUGCUGCCGGCACGUCGAGAACCUGAAGUUUCUGGGCCAGGAGCUUGAAGGAGUAUCGGAAUUGUUCGUCGUCAAUGUUCUAACUGCCGCCCUGGAUAAGGAGACGCGCGAGUAUUGGGAAUCUAAGCUUGAUCACGGAGACCUCCCGACGUAUGAUGAUACCAUCGAGUGUUUAAAAAAUCGUUGUCUUGUUCUCGAGAGAUGUGAGACCGCCAAUCCUCCAACGGUGACAAUGAAGUCUACCCCAAACUUCCAGAAGUCAUCCAUCCAGAAGGUAGCCAACGCUGUCACCUCGUCGUCCGCAGUACUCUGUGAAAUAUGUAGUGGGCAACAUCCAAACUUCAAGUGUUCUAUUUUCCGCAACAUGACGGUAGCCCAGCGGAUAACGAAGGUGAAAGAAGUGAGGCUCUGUUUCAAUUGUCUCCGCAAGGGGCAUCGAAGCAGUACUUGUUCGUCCGAUAAAACGUGUGCUAAAUGUUCCCAAAAACAUAACACCUUGUUACAUCUUGAGGAUUCAGGUGUACCUAUUGUGCCUGGACCACCGAAGCCAAAUCAAGCAACUUCUCAAGCCAGCAUCAAUGUGGCCAACAUCUCAGAGGAAGCCGAGCCGGUACCAGCAACAAGCGCGUUGGUAAGUCACAUAUCCAGCACCCGAAAAUCUCGUUCGUCGUCGAAGGAAGUGUUGCUGCUAACAGCCUUGGUCAAACUGAUUGAUGAUAACGGUCAUCCUCAUGCUUGCCGUGCACUACUAGAUUGCGCAUCCCAGGUAUGCCUCAUUUCCAGCGAUAUGGUCCAGAAACUUGGAAAGCAUCCGUGGCCAACAAACACCGAGGUUGUGGGAGUAACAGGUAGAAAAAGCGCAAACGAAGGUGUAGUUGUUUCCGUCGCUUCCAGCUACAGUAAGUACAAGGUCGAAAUUCCAUGCCUUGUUAUGCCUAAGGUGAGUGGAACCAUCCCUACAAGAAGAAUCGAGAUUAGAAAGUGGCAAUUACCGGUCAACGUCACGUUGGCGGAUCCUGAGUUUUAUUCUCCCAAUUCAGUAGAUCUUCUGAUAGGUAACGAGUUUUUCUUCUCCCUGGGCCAAAUAAAAAUUUCCGAUGAUUUGCCCCUGCUCCAAGAAACCGUCUUUGGGUGGGUUGUUGCUGGUCCCGUUGAUGUUCCAGAACAAGGUGUAGUGUUUUCCCACGUUGUUACCGAAAAGCAACUAUCCGAUCAGAUCGAAAGGUUCUGGACUAUUGAAGAUGUUGCCGAAUCAUCGUUGGCUACGAGUGAAGAACAGAAAAUCGAAGACCACUUCAUAGGUAGCCAUUACCGGGACGAGACGGGUCGGUUCGUAGUCAGGCUACCCUUUCGUGAGUUAGUCACUGAACUUGGUGACAAUCGAGCGCUGGCGUUAAAACGUUUCUUCUUGCUUGAACGACGACUACAACGCCAACCUGAGAUGAAGCAACAGUAUGAUGAUUUCAUCGCUGAGUAUGAGCAGCUUGGUCAUUGUCACGAAGUGUUUGAAGCAGCUGAUCCACCAGGAUUACAGCGAUAUUACCUACCGCAUCAUGCGGUUAUGAAGUUAUCCAGUUCAAGUACCAAACUGCGUGUGGUAUUUGAUGCCACAGCACGAUCAUCCGGGCCAUCCUUGAAUGAUGCCCUACUAGUGGGACCAACCAUCCAAAAUGAUUUGUUCUCAAUCCUCUUGUCAUUCCGUCGUCAUCGUUAUGCUAUUUCUGCCGACAUUACGAAAAUGUAUAGGCAAGUCAUUGUGGACCAGCGUGAUACGCCUUUUCAACGCAUCUUUUGGAGGAAGCAGUUAACGGAUACAUUGCGCGUACUGGAGCUCAAUACCGUUACCUACGGUACAUCUUCGGCCCCAUUUUUAGCGACAAGGUGCCUUGUACAGCUUGCGAAAGAUGAACAGUCAAAUUUCCCAGCUGCAUCCGAGGUGGUCUGCGAGAAUUUCUACAUCGACGAUGCGCUGACCGGUGCGUGUACAGAAGCAGAAGCAAUUCGUCUGAGAACAGAUUUGAAGCAAAUGUUAGCCAGAGGAGGCUUCGACAUCAGGAAGUGGUGCUCAAACUCCGAUGGGGUUCUAGCUGACGUACCUGAAGAAGAAAGAGAGAAACUAGUGAAAAUAGAUGAUUCCGAAAAUACCGUUCGCACACUGGGCUUGCUUUGGGAUCCUCGCAAUGAUCAAUUCCGAUAUGAAGUUCCAACUACUGAGGAAGAUAUGUUGCAACCCGUCACCAAAAGAUUUGUGUUAUCUCGAAUUUCAAGACUUUUUGAUCCUCUUGGAUUUAUCUCGCCAGUAGUCGUUUUGGCCAAGUUACUGAUGCAGUCCUUGUGGGUUCGAAAAUUGGAGUGGGAUGAACAGAUUCCAGAAGAUCUGCUUGCUCAGUGGUUAAAACUGAGCAGCACCUUGUCUUUUCUGAAUCAAAUUAAGAUUCCUCGGUGUGUCAUUCCUGAAGGCCAAGUUUUUCUCGAGAUCCACGGAUUCGCCGAUGCUUCAGCAUUAGCUUAUGGAGCAUGCCUUUAUCUUCGUGCUGUAGGAGAAAGUGGGGCUGUAAGUUGCAAUCUUUUGACCAGCAAGUCGAAGGUGGCCCCACUCACGGAUAUGACCAUUCCACGCAAAGAGUUAUGUGCUGCGCUCUUGCUAUCGCGUUUGUUGGCGAAGGUCCUGUCCACUUUCAAAGUUUCCAUUUCCAACGUAGUGUUGUGGUCCGAUAGCCAGAUUGUGCUAUGCUGGUUGAAGAAACCUCCUACGCGUCUGGAGGUGUUUGUACGCAACCGUGUAUCAGAAAUCAACCGAAGCACACAGCAGUUUUCUUGGCAAUAUGUUCGAUCUGCCACUAAUCCGGCAGACAUAGUUUCACGUGGGCAGUUAGCAGAAGCAUUAAGCAGCAAUACCAUGUGGUGGAAUGGACCGGAAUUCUUGCAUCAAUCUAACUACGAACCAGACACGCUACAAGAGAUUCCCGGAUAUGAUUUGCCCGAAAUGAAAACUGAAGUAAUUGUCAACCUGGCUAUAAUUGAGCUUUUGCCAGUUUUGACGUAA